CGCGUUAACUAUGUCCCAAAUUCCAAGCAUUUCGCGAUCUGGGCACAAAGACCACAUGGUCUGCUUAGAGUGCAUGGAGACGGCAUCCUGCCUGCUCUAACCAGGCUGCAGAUGGCACAGGAAUUCUCCACAUCGGAUACUUUGGACGCAAAAACCUGCGGCCAUGGAUGAGUUUUCGGAUGACGGCUUCGACGACCUUAACGACACGGUACUGCAGGAGCUCGAGGACAAAGCUAUCCAGAUCACGCAAGCCCAGAAGUUGGCUCAAACGCAGGCUGCGCCACAACCGCAGCACAAUGCCCUCGAGUAUGAGUUCGAAGACGACGACCUCGACGACACUGUCGUGAUCGACGAACACGCUCAAUUAGCGCCCCGUCCCCCACCGCAGCAAGCGCACCCCGUCCAACAACCCCGCCACCCCGCCGGUAUUACGGGCACACAACGAUGGAACCAGCACCUUCCGCCCUCAAGGCCAUCUUAUCCCCCACGACCCCAGUACGGGCCAACAGCGCGAGCAGCACCGCAGCCUCUCUCAUCGCAACGCUACCAACCGGGCCCGUCGCAACGAUUCCCCUCCCUUCCCGGCCGGCCACAACAACCACCUUCGCAGUCUCAAUUCGCCCGGCCGCCUCCUCCGGUUCCUAGGCCGUCCCCUUAUGCGCCCCAAACGUCGCAGGUCCGCACUGGUGCUGGACCCGCGAACCAGAACGAGGUUAUUGCGGCCCUACAGGCGCGCUUGUCCGAACUCGAAUCCGACCUCACGGCAGCCAAGGGUGAAGCCUCCAUCUUGCGAUCCAAAUAUGACAAAGCCCGAGCGACUCACGAGGCCGACAUCGCGCGCCUAAAAAAGGAGACCGCAGAGCAACUUGCCAGGCAGGAGCGCAUCAUUGAGCAAGCGCGCAACGCCGAGCGCGCGACAGCCACCGAACUGCAAUUUGCCCGCCAAGACCUUAGAGAGGGACUUGGCCGAGCAAAGUCAAGACGGCGGGAUGGUCCGGCAACACCCCGUAAAGAUAGGACCUGGGGUACGGCCGAUGGGUUUGAUGGUGUGGAGAUCCUGUCAAGCCCUAGCAAGACGCAAGCUUUAAGGAGAAAAGACUCGGGACCUGCCGCUGUUCCUGCAUCGGAGCGGACACCUACCAAAGGAAAGAGGAAACGUCCUAUUGUCGACAGCCCAAAGUUUGCUCUGGAGAUAGAGGACGCAAGGGAGUCCGUAUUCGAUGAUUCGCACUCGGUCAACGCGCAGUCGCUUUCCCUGGCAGCUGCCUCCCAGCCGUUUUCGCCGGACUUUCUGAAGCUCUUUCUCAAUCACACAACAAUGCAUGGCCAGCCGCCGACGUUUGACAUGUUUUCCCGCUUCUGCUUCCCUUCGGACCCGGAGCGUUCCUUAGCAUCUAUCGUGUUGCAGAAACUGCCUCAGAUGGGAAGCCCCGGUGACCCAACAUCCCUACUGGUCGACUUUGCGGACACACUGAUCGACUUAUGGCACCAGUGCCUCUCUGAAAGAUACUACGGUCCCAUAUAUCACCUUGUCUCUCUGCUUCUGUACACGCUCGACUUGAACGCUGUCGAGGUCGCACCGCAUAUCCUCUCGUCCCUGAUUCCAGUUUGCGCCACCACGUGCCGCCUCGUGGCACUUCCGCGCCUCAAUAGUGCCGAUGGAGAUCUUUCGGGCCAUCCAGAUGCAGUCGUCCGCCAACUGUGUCUCAACAUCGACGUCACUCAGUGUCUAUCUGUCCUCUACCUCGCAGCAUCGGGCUGUUUGCCGCAGCCUUUACAGAACCCUACAUCAUCUGACCAGCCUCAGGACACUCCGCAGCUUGAGUUCUGGAAGACGAUGGAGCUAGAUUUCGUCCUCACGAUGCUCUCUCCAAAAAAUCCAGAAGAAGACUGGUCGGCAAUGAUGAUCCUUCUGCGAACCUCGGUCGCUCCGCACAGCAUUGGACCCAUCCCAUCUUCAGCAACAAACUCGACAAAUCGCCGAUCCGAAGCAAAGAAUGCCGACGCGGUCGCGGCCACUUUGAUUGACUGUGUCUCUUCGUUUCUCUGUGAACCGCCUAAGUGGGCGACUCCCAGAUCUGCAAAGGAAAUUGCCGCCAGGUUGGCCGCUCUGCGAACGCUUAUGGCCUUUGCAACGGGCCACUUUGGGGCUCGGCAGAUUGCCGAAAGUGAUGUUGCCAUUCCCCGUCUCGUCACAGUCCUGUGCUGGGCCCUCGACCGGCUGUAUGACUCGGAUUUGCCGCUAAGCCCCGAGCCGCAGGCAGGCGCGGGGCGACCGCCAGACGAGAGAGGCGACAGUAUGGAGCUUGAUCACCCGAAUGUAGAGAGCGCCGGUGGCAUGGAGGCGCAUGGAACAAGCGAGGGGCUGACAGAUGUCUCUGCUGAGGUCACGGACGCGGCACCCGAUUCCAUGAGCCUCCUGCAUCAGAUUAUCGCCCAAGGAACCCGGCUUCUUCACUUUCUUGUUACAGAUCACCGGACAUCCGAUGCCGCCAACAUUUCGACGAAGCUGGCUGCAUCUCAUGGCGGUUCGCAACGCUACUUCCUCACGCUGGCGAGGUUGAACUUUGCCGAGGAGGAUUUGGUCCUCGAGGCGGGGAUUGACGCAGAGACGGUGGAACUGGCACAUGAAUUGCUUGAGCUGGCGGUUACCCCAGAUGAAGGGGAUGAGAUCAGUGAGAUGUUUGAUUGACAUACGGUAACUACUUCUUUCUUAGAUACCCGCACCCUACGUCUCGAGCAGGCGCAGUCACAAGUAACUGUGUCUAGUCCCAUCAUCCACACCUCAUCUCCUCUCUGCUGCCAUUGAAUGAGAUGCAACAUUCUCAAGUAAGCGGCCUACCUCCCAGGCAGGUAACGGAAUGCUGCACAAGCCCACCUGUAGAGUACGUACAUGAAAUAACAAGAGCGGUGGGCCCAAUUGUGCUAAUGCUAAUGAUCUGUCAAUGACAACCGGAAUCGGAGAGUAGGGCUUUUUUUGUUACAAAGCUUUCAAGGGUAGGAUUUUUAUUUUUCGCUUCCUAUAA